GACAGAACUCCCCCUCCCCAUCUGAUUCACUCUCACGUCGCGACCUUACUUCAUUGCUAACAUCACCGUUUAACCAAGAUCUGCGCUUUCUCUCCCCACGCGUCAACGACGGUGAUUACGGCGGUGCGCCGCUUGUGAUGGUGGUCACAUAGAGUAUAUACAGUCUCUCCGUUGAAUCAUACUAAUUUCAUAGUUUCUUCAAUGGCGAAGGAAACCUUGUCGGAAAUUCUCUAUGAAACACAUCAUCACGCUUCUGGUCCUUGUUUCCCCAAUUACCCCCCUCAACAGGUAAUUGAAACAGCUAAUCUAGGAGUAUUAUCCUUGCUUUCAACUCGAGGUCUGACUCAAAUUAAAGAGAAAUGGACUGCAUAUAGACAACCGAAGAAAUUAAAGAGGUUGGUGGCAUUGUUUGUGUCUCCGAAAGGUGAACGAGUGGCGGUUGCUGUUGGAAAUCAUAUAACCAUUUUACGGAAGGAUGAGGACUAUCAGCAACCAUAUGGGACUUUUGCUAGUAAUAAUACUGGUGCGUUUACUCUUGGAGUAUGGUCAGAAUCUCAUGACGUGCUCGGAAUUGUUGAUGACGUGGACACAUUUUAUUUCAUCAAAUCAAAUGGUGAAGAAUUAUUAAGAAUUGAGCGCAGGCAUCUUAAAACGACAUUGCCAAUUGUGGGCCUUUUUGUGCCUGAUGUUACAGAGACAAGGGGGUCUCUCCUGUGUAACUUCAAUUUUCUUACUUCAGAUGGAACUCUUCAUUGCAUUGAGACCAGCCAGGAUCUCAGUGCUUCUCUCUCCUCAAUACGGACAUGGAGUGACAUAAAGAGACAGUUUUCACUAAAUUUCUUCGGUUUAGACCACAAUCUAGAGCAUUCGUUGCUUGUUCUAGUUGGUGGCCCUACCAAUAUAUCUCUGACUACAAGCAGCCCUACUGUUGUUGUUUCACCUACAGGAUGUACUCUCUCUGUAUGGCGCUGGAGUCCAAAAUCAGAUUUGCUACAUGUCAGUUCUCUGCAGUUCGAAGGCGUUUAUAGCAGACCAAAAGGCUUUAGAGGCCUGAUUGUAUCUCCAAAGGUGUUGAUAUCACCUCAUGGAAAAUUCAUUGGUACCCUGGAUUUGAGAGCACGCCUGAGCAUAUUUAAGCUCAAUGUUGAUAGCUCAUCUCUUUCUCUUUUUGCUUGUGGAGAGACAAACAACAAUUUUCUAGAAGACAUUGUUGAUUUUACUUGGUGGUCUGAUCAUGUGUGCACUGUAGCCAAGAAGGGAGGUGCUACGACCAUGUUUGAUGUCAUUAGUGGUAAAAAGCUUCUAGACAAUGAUCCUAUGUUUUCUGUGCCUGUUUUAGAGAGAACUACUUUUUUCUCAGGAAAAGUAUUUGUUUUAGAUAUUCCGUUGCUUAGAGAGAGACAAAAUUAUGCUGAUCAGUUAGACAUAAGUUAUAUUCAUGACAUAGAGCAGUAUACCGAAGGGAGCCUUAAUCAAGUUGAGACAUCAAGACUUUCAUGGAGGUUGUUGUCAUUUUCUGAGAAAUCAGUUCCUGAAAUGUAUGAUGUCCUUAUUAACAGUCAUAGAUAUCAGUCUGCUUUAGACUUUGCUGAUCGUUACAAAUUGGACAAGGACCAAGUAUUUAAGUUUCAGUGGCUGCACUCGGCUCAAGGAAGCGACGAGGUGCAUAUGUUUCUAUAUAAUGUCAAAGAUGAAGCUUUUGUGCUUCGUGAAUGUGUUGAGAAAGUUGGGCAUACUGAGGAUGCAGUGAGAGAUUUACUUGCAUAUGGACUUAACCUGACUAAUCGCUACAAGUUUUCUGCACCUGAAUAUGACAUAUGUGAACAUGUAUGGGAUUUUCGUCUGGCAAGACUUCAAUUGUUGCAAUUCAGGGAUAGGUUGGAGACAUUUCUUGGAGUAAACAUGGGCAGGUUUUCUUUGCAGGAAUACAGCAAAUUCCGCAAAAUGCUGAUUGAUGAGGCAGCUGUGAAGCUUGCUGAGAAUGGAAAAAUUGGAGCUUUGAACCUUCUGUUCAAACGACAUCCUUUCUCAUGCUCGCCUUUUAUUCUGAAAAUUUUGGGUGCUAUACCUGAAACAAUCCAAGUCCAGACUUUCAGUCAACUCCUUCCUGGAAGGUCUCCUCCUUCAGUUACUGCUCUUCGAGAGAAAGAUUGGGUUGAAUGUGAAGAUAUGCUGGAAUACAUCAGACGGUUACCUGAAAAUGAUGAAAGAUCUGUGCUUGUCAGAACUGAACCUAUUAUCAAGCAGCUGUUUGGGAUUUCGUGGCCAUUGACUAAUGAGAUAUUGAUUUGGUACAAGGAAAGGGCCCAAGAAAUCGAUAACUUAAGUGGACAGUUAGAUAACAGUAUCUGCUUAGUUGACUACGGUUGUCGUAGGGGCAUGUAUGAGUUACAGCAGUUUCUUGACGAUAUUAGGUACUUGCAACAGCUUGUUUAUUCUGAAGGAAAUGAUGAUGAGAUGCAUUGUCCUAUCAGUCUUAUUGAAUGGGAGCAUAUGUCUGACUAUGAGAAGUUCAAGACCAUACUUAAGGGUGUGAAAGAAGAAAAUAUUGUUGAAAGGUUACGUUUUCGUGCAAUCCCAUUCAUGAAGAAUAAGCUUGACUUGGGAGGAGAAGAUCAGAGGGGUUCAUUUUUGGUUCGGUGGUUGAAGGAGAAUGCUGCGCAGAAAAUUGAAUUUUGCUCUGUGGCCAUUGAAGAAUGGUCUCGGGAUGUACAAAGUGGAUUUUUUGUGGAUGAAAUGGAAGCAGCGGAGUGUGCUUUGCAGUGCAUAUACUUGUGCAAUGCUAUGGAUAAGUGGAAUACUAUGGCAUCUAUUCUAUCGAAGUUUCCAAAUGCAAGAGGUAGUGACAUUCGUUCCGAGGGCAUAGAGAAAAGACUCAAAUCAGUAGAGGGCCAUAUUGAAGCAGGCCGACUCCUGGCUCUUUAUCAGGUUCCAAAGCCAGUGAGUUUUUUUCACGAGGCUCAGAAUGAUGAUAAGGCUGUAAAACAAAUUCUCCGUCUUAUCCUCUCGAAAUUCGCAAGACGUCAACCUGCUCGAUCGGACAACGAUUGGGCUAGUAUGUGGCGUGACUUGCAGUGUUUGCAGGAAAAAGCCUUUCCAUUUAUAGAUUUGGAGUAUAUGUUGAUGGAAUUUUGCAGAGGACUGCUCAAAGCUGGGAGAUUCUCUCUUGCAAGGAACUAUUUAAGGGGUACAGGAACAAUCAGUUUGCCAACUGACAAGGCAGAAAGCCUUGUGAUCCAAACAGCAAGGGAAUAUUUUUUCUCAGCAUCAAGUCUAUCUUCCCCCGAGAUCUGGAAGGCCAGGGACUGUCUUGAUCUCUUUCCUACCAGCCCAACUGUUAGAUUGGAGGCCGAUGUCAUUGAGGCAUUAACAGUCAAACUACCCAACCUUGGUGUUAAUGUUUUACCCAUGCAGUAUAAGCAAAUAAAGGAUCCUAUGGAAAUUGUCAAGAUGGCUAUUACUAGCCAGGCUGGAGCGUAUAUAAAUGUUGAUGAAAUAAUUGAAGUUGCCAAGCUUCUUGGGUUAGGUUCUCAGGAAAAUAUAUUAGCUGUUCAAGAAGCUAUAGCACGUGAAGCUGCUGUUGCUGGUGAUCUGCAGUUGGCUUUUGAUCUAUGCCUUAUUUUGGCUAGAAAAGGCCAUGGUUUUAUUUGGGAUCUUUGCGCAGCGAUAGCUAGGGGUCCUGCAAUUGAGAACAUAGAUUUAGGCUCUCGUAAACAGCUUCUAGGCUUUGCUUUGUGCCAUUGUGAUGAUGAAUCCAUUGGUGACCUGCUAAAUGCCUGGAAAGAUCUUGACAUGCAAGCUCAAUUUGAAUCACUAAUGAUGCAAACAGGUACACCUGACUUUGUUGUCAAAGGUUCCUCUAUUAUUUCGGCUCCUGGUGUCACUGCUCAAUCUGGAAUUGUUGGUGACUUUUCCGAGGAUGAAGACACUUAUUUGAGUAAAAUUAAGGUGAUAAUUUAUCAGGUUGCGAAACCUCUUCCUGUGGCAGAUGGGACUAGUUGGGAUGACGUCUUAAGGGAGAACCGGAAAGUUCUAUCUUUUGCUAAUUUGCAGCUUCCAUGGUUGGUUCAAUUAAGCUGUGAAUCAGAACCGGUAAAAAAUUACUAUCCCAUUUCGGUGCCUGGAAAGCAAUAUGUUUCAGUAAGAACCCAAGCUGUAAUAACUAUUUUGUCCUGGUUAGCUAGGAAUGGAUUUGCUCCUAGGGAUGAUCUGAUUUCCUCUAUGGCUAAAUUCAUUAUGGAACCACCAGUUACGGAGGAGGAUGAUGUCGUGGGUUGCUCGUUCCUUCUAAACCUCACUGAUGCUUUUCAUGGUGUAGAAGUUAUUGAACAGCAGUUAAAAACAAGGGAGGACUACCAGGAGAUUUGUAGCAUUAUGAAUGUGGGGAUGGUAUAUAGCUUGUUGCACAACUCUGGAGCGACGUGCAAAGAUCCAUUUCAGAGGAGAGAGCUGUUAUGGAGAAAGUUCCAGGAGAAGAUUAGUUCAGAAGAACUGGAUAAAGUCGAAAAAGUACAGGCCACAUUUUGGAGAGGCUGGAAACUGAAACUGGAAGAGCAAAAGCGGAUGGCAGAUCGUACACGGGUGUUGGAGGAACUAAUCCCUGGUGUAGAAACUGCACGCUUUUUAUCAGGGGAUUUGCAGUACAUGAACAAUGCUAUCAUGUCCUUUAUUGACUCGGUGAAAUUGCAAAAGAAACCUAUCUUGAGAGAGGUGUUGAAAUUAGCAGACACCUAUAGCUUGAAUCGCACAGAGGUCUUGUUAAAGUUUCUUGCUUGUGCCUUAGUUUCGGAGGUUUGGAGCAAUGAGGAAAUCGAUGCUGAAAUAUCAGAUUUUAAGGGAGAGAUCCUGGAUUCUGCUACAAAAACUAUUGAUGUCAUAACUUCUAUCGUGUAUCCUGUGAUUGACGGGUGCAACAAGGCUCGUCUUGCUUAUCUUUUUGCGCAACUUUCAGACUGUUACCUGCAUUUGGUGGAAACAAAAGGUUUGCACCCCUCAGAAAUCCAAGAUUUGGGAGAUUCAUCUGUAACAUUGGGGCAUUUUUACCAGGUCCAUGAACAGGAAUGCUAUAAUGUCUCCUUCAUAACAGACCUGAACUUCAAAAACAUUGUAGACAUUAAUUUAGGCAGACUGAACUCUGCUCAUUUCAAUGAUGAAGUUCUCCGUCAUGUCAAUGAAUUUACCGUGGAAGCAUUGGCAAAAAUGGUGCAAACGCUUCAUAGUACCGUUGCUAGUGUAAACCCUAAGGAUAUUGUAUCAUGGCGAGAUGUGUAUAAACAUCAUGUUGUAACUUUGUUAGAGAGUUUGGAGUACAGAGCUAAAAAGAUUCAUCUUGAAAAUCCCGAUAGCCUGCAGAGCUUGCUAAAUGACUUUGAGCAGACCUAUGAUGCGUGCAGAAAGCACAUUAGAAUCUUGGAACACCAGUCUGCUUUGGUCAUCAUGAAGCAGUACUGCAGUGGAGUUGUCCCUUUGCAUUUUGUCAGAGAGAGUGUGCACACUGAUGUAUCUUUGAAGGAUUGCCUUAUUGUGCUUCUGAACUUCUGGAUGAAAUUGAAUGCUGAUAUGGUGGAAAUGGCUGAAAGUUCAGAUGAGAAGUUAACUGCAGUUUCUUUAAUGAUAUGCCUCAAAGUUUUCAUGAGAUUAGUGGUGGAGGGAAAAGUUACACCAAGUCAGGGAUGGGGAACUGUAUAUUUCUUUGUCAAUUGCAGCCUGUCAACUAGUCCUGCGGGAUAUUUUUCUUUCUGUAGAGCCAUGAUUUUAUCUGGCUGUGAGUUUGGCUCUGUGGAGGCUGUAUUUUCUGAAGCUCUUUCGGAAUGCUGCUCAAUUGACCAGGGUAUGAGCUCCGAUACCAAGGGUGGGAAUAGUUAUUACCUUCACGUGUGUAACUUAUACCUUAACAUACUAGAAAGUAUUUUGUCAAACUUAGUUCACGACGAUAGUCAACGACAUAGUUUGCACAACUUGCUAUCUUCUGUAAGUAGAUUGGAAGGUGACCUGGAAGUUCUGAAUGGGGUUCGCACUGCAGUUUGGGAAAGGAUAGCCAAGUUCUCUGAUAAUUUGCAACUGCCAAGUCAUAUUCGAGUAUAUGUCUUGGAGGUAUUGCAAUUCAUUUUGGGUAGAAAAGGUAAGGUAUCAAGAGAGCAGGAAGGCAGUAUCCUUCCUUGGGAAGAAUGGAAUGAAUGGAGUUCCUCAAGUAAGAAUACUGAACUUACAGAAGAGCAGGCACUUCCGAACCAAUCAGAAGGACCUAACAGGUUUAAGAAUUCCCUGGUUGCCUUGAAAACAACUGAGCUUGCAGGAUCAAUUUCUUCACAUAUGGAAAUAAGCGCUGAUGAUCUCUUGACAGUCGAUUCUGCAGUUUCUUGCUUUGAAAAUUUGUGUGAAACUGUGGAUACACAUGCACAUUUUGAGGCUCUUUUAGCCAUUUUGGGGGAGUGGGAAACCCUCUUUCUGGUGGAGAAAACAAAAGAAGCUUCUGCAGAAGUGUCAGGAGUAACUGAUGCAGACAAUAACUGGAAUGAUUGGGGUGAUGAGGGCUGGGAAAGGGAAAGCUUUCUUGACGAAGAACCCAUUCAGGAAGAAAAAACUGAAUCCUCUGUCUCUAUACAUCCUUUGCACGCAUGUUGGAUGGAAAUUCUAAGGAAACUCAUUAUGCUGUCCCGAUUUGAUGAGGUGGUGAAAUUAAUUGAUCAAUCUUUGGAAAGACCUGAAAUGGUCUUGAUCAAUGAAGAUGAUGCGAGCAAUCUGAGUAAUAUGUUAAUUGAUUCUGAUUGCUUCAUGGCCCUAAAAACAGUGUUAUUGCUUCCAUAUGGAACAAUACAUUUGCGCUGCUUAGAUGCAAUUGAAAACAAGCUUAAACUGGAAGGUAUCCCAGAGAACAGUGAUAAGAACUUGUUAAUUCUUGUUUUAUCUUCUGGGAUUAUUUCCACUAUAAUCUCUAAACCAGCACAUGGGGCUACAUUCUCUUACAUAUGUUACUUGGUGGGUGAAUUUUCACGUCAAUCUCAGAACACCCUUGUAUCAAAGUCAAAUCAGAAUCUGAUGAUAGAUGAUGAGAUUGAAGGGUUCUGCCUUACUUUUGUACAAAUUCUGUUUCCUUGUUUUGUGUCAGAAUUGGUGAAGGCAAAUCAGCAAGUUCUAGCUGGAUUUCUUGUUACUAAAUUUAUGCACACAAAUCCUUCUCUUUGCCUGAUUAAUGUAGCCGAGGCUGGCCUCAGCAAGUAUUUGCGAAGCCAUAUCCAGCUACUAGAAUGUCGUGAAUCUGCUGCUGAAUCAAGAAUUGCUGCUGAAUCAAGAAAGCCAGAGAUUCUAGGACAUACACUUUCCAACUUGGAAGUAAAGCUGAAAGACUUGAUCCCAUCUGCAUUGUUAUUGCUUCCAAAUAGUUAGCUAUUGUUAUAGUAACCCAUUGGUGUUUACUGUUUAGGUAUACAUUGUUGAGUCAGAGAUUUAUGUUUUCGGCUAGAGAAUUUUUGUAUUUUUAUAAGAAUUUUGUUUUAGCAGUAAAUAUGUAGGGAGCUUGUACAUGUCUUUUGCUCUGUUGAAUUGUACAUCUGGUAAGCUGGUUGCUGAAACUUAGUCUGAAACUUGAUGCAUAAUUAAUUCCGUAACGAAUGUAGAUUUCUUA